GUCAAGUGAACUCAUUAAAUUGUAAUGAAAUGUCUCAACUAAACGUAAGUUCAGCUUAUUCACUGAUUACAUUUAUUGAAUGCCAAAAGAAUGGACAGAUAAAGAAAUGAAAGAAACAACUAGAUCUACCAUCUAGAAUUCUAGAUAUCACAUUCAAGAAUGUCUCAAGAAAGUGUUUCCGAUAGGCCAGGAGAUCUUAGAAAACAGGUUGAAAAACUCAACAAAGAUUUCCAAAGUGUCAGCGGCUCGGUGGUGUCCACUUCCAAUCUCCUCAAUGAAGCCCAAAAUGUUCAGAAAGACAGCACGUGGGCCUGGGUCGCGUGCAGCUGUGCAGUGAUGAACCAGUUGCUGAUAUUUGGUACACUCAAUGUCUACUCUUUGUUCCUGGUCAAGUUUCAGAAAGAAUUUCAAUGCUCAACAGGGGAAGCUGGUAAAGAUAGAACCUGGCUGGGCUCCAUGACUAUGGGGCUGAUGAAACUGUUUGGUCCUCUGACCAGUUCGUUGGUCCUCUACGGUAACAACCGGGUGGUCAUGAUAUUUGGGGCAGUCUUGUGCUCGGUCUCCAUUUUUACUUCUUCGUUUGCCCCAACGUUUAUGACAUUGUUUGGAACCCUGUGUGUCCCCUUUGCACUUGGUGCCGCCUUUACUGUGACCCCAUCAACUGUCGUACCGGUAGAUUAUUUCCACAAACAUCAGGCGUUGGCCAUGGGUUUUGUGGCUGCAGGGAGCAGUGUUGGGACGCUGAUCCUUGCUCCUUUAAUACAAAUAAUGCUCGAUGAACUGAACUGGAGAUUAACAUUCAGGAUCCACUCUUCCUCAUUGGCUUCACUCGUGCUGCUCAACUUCUUGGUAAAACCCAUUGAGAAAGACAAAGCUGAGGACGAAAUAAAGAAACCUUUCUUAAAGUCAGUCAUACAAGACUUAGCCUUGUGGAAGAACAGAGUUUUUCAACUGUGGGCUUUUUCUAUGGCCAUUGUUUACUUUGGCUAUCAGAUUCCAAACAUCCUCCUUGCAAGCUACGCAGGGUUUCUUGGGAUCAGCGCAUCAAGGGCGUCUUACAUUGUGAUGGCCAUGGGAGGAGCGACCACCGUGUCCAGACUAAUCACUGGAAAGAUUCUUACAUGCCAACUGCUGAGUCGGCUCAACUUUAAGCAAACAAUCUUCAUUGUCAUGGGCACGAGUUAUCUUCUCUUGGCACACGUCACUACCAUUGAGGGCCUGUAUGUAUUCGCCGUAGUCCGAGGGCUAUUGGAUGGUGCCCAUAACGUCAUGUUGCCUAUGCUGACUGCCUCUAUGGUAGGGCGAAAGAAAGCCAUGCUGGGAUGGGGCUAUAUAGCUGGAGCCAUCUCAUUAACCUACACAAUAGGGCCUCCAAUUGCUGGAUAUGUCAAGGACCUGACAGGCAAUUAUAAAAUGUCUUUCACUAUGGCGGGUCUUCCUAUGAUUGCUUCAGGUCUAUUGCUGCUUUGGUUACCAUGGGCUCAAAGAGCAGCAAAAUCUAACGCAGUGGAACCAACUACUGGCAGCCUGGUUAACGUGGAACUGAGGGAAGAAGACCUGCACUCCCACAAACAUUCAUCUCACGAGGAGCUGGAGUUGAUGCCCAUUGAUAUACCUGACAUCAGUCCCAAACCUAAGCUUAGCGGGACGCACAGAAAGUCUGAAGCCGUCACAAUCGGUGCACCAUUCCGUAAAGAUUUACAUUUCUGGCACCAUCGAGCGGAAAACAAUUUGAGUAAAUCCUUGUCUAUGCCAGAGGCUCGUCAACAGCUGGAUUCAAACAAAUGGACCUACAGAAUACGUAGUGAGCCAACGAUUUCCAUAAAGGGUGCAACAGAAGAGCCCGCAGCAUCUCCGCUCUUGUUUCCUGUCUCAAAACGUAAGAGCGGACCCCUGACAGCCUCAUAUUCUGACAGUCAGUCAAAUAGAUCAGCAUCCUUGCAUUCGAAGGACUUAAAAUCAGAACAAGAGACCUCACAGAUUAACUCUGAAAGCGGAGAGCAUUUCCUGUUAAAAGAAGACGAGUGACGGAACUUAGAUCUAGACUAGAUCCAGAAGAAUACCGGUACCUUAAUACCGUGGGAAACAAACAUCUUACCAUUAGUUUUUACGACUAUUGAUGUAACUUAAACUAUUAUUAUUACUAAAAAAAUAUACAAUAUAAACGAAGUGUCCAUUAUACAAGUCAGGUGGAAUGUAUAACGUUGUAGUUGGAAGUCAAUAUUUGUAAACGGUGUGGAGAAACUGUGUCAGUGGUGAAUGUGAAAACUGUGUCAGUGGUGAAUGUGAAAACUGUGUCAGUGGUGAAUGUGAAAACUGUGUCAGUGGUGAAUGUGAAAACUGUGUCAGUGGUGAAUGUGAAAACUGUAUCAGUGGUGAAUGUGAAAACUGUAUCAGUGGUGAAUGUGAAAACUGUGUCAGUGGUGAAUGUGACUUGGUUUGGCCAUGCCUAGAAGGUUCAUGAUAAAAGCAGUGUUGAGAGAUCAAGUUGAAACAUCAAAGAGAGUUGUGUUGCUUGAUGUAACAUUCCUGAGCGCAGUCUUCCUUGGUUUUUUUAUUUAGUACAGGAGCACUGUUACCUAACUUGGAAGUUUGAUCUGACUAAAGAAAAGGACGCAAUAGUGAGGGAUAGAGAACUUUGUUGUCUAGCACAUAUAUUAGAUGCUCUUGUGUUAGCACUGGGCAUUCACUUGGUUUGUUAUUCCACUCCUAUUUAAUGUUAAGGUUCUAUCAAUGUAGGUUCUCACCUAGGAAGAUGUUCAUCUUUCACUGAUCAGAAAGAAUUCAAUACGACGUUUUCCUUUCCGAUAUUAAACUAUGACUUUGAAACUUUA